AGACAUGCCGACAUUCUCCGGUUAAACUCUGUUUUUCGGUUCUUUAAUCAAUUUGAUAUCUUUCUGUCGGUGAAUUUAUCUAAAAAUGACAAGCUAACAGGUUGUGGAUGACAGACGUGGGGUUUGUUCGUUGGUUUCGCAGAGUUAAACAAACAUGGUGUCAAGCAUAGAUAUACAACAUUUUGUUUUGUUUUAUUGUGUCAAGUUUCAACCGGUUUUGAGUGGCACGAGAGGUAACCUCAGAGUAACCGAUUCCGACUGAAGCUUUUUAACCUUUGUUUGGGGAUGGGCUCGGUGACUUCUGCUCUAACACGGACAAGAAACGCGUUGGUGAAAGUGGGUUCAGAGCCGGAGGACCCGGACAGAAGCCAGUCCGCUCCGCAGUCGGACCGGGCCAAGAAGAAGAGCACGCGGUUCAACGUCUCGAGCCAAACAGGACGGCAGAGUUCCCGCCAGGCGCUGUCCGAGGUGCUGAGCAGACAAGACUCCGUCGGAGCUAAACGCACUUUGAAGAAAAACACUUCUGACGGCCAUCAAAGCAUGGCGAAUGAAGAUGGGGAGAGCUCCACCAGACCACAGGCCAGUUUUGCACGCUCAAAGUCCCAGAGUGCUUUGUGGAACGCCAUCACGGCAGGGAUGGGGAUCAAAGGCAAAGAGCAAAAAGCCCCCCCGAAUGACACACGGAGUCCUGAAGAGAUUCUGGCUGAUGAUCUUCCUACAGCAGAUGAACCAGAUGUCACAGAGAAAACAGCCAUCAGAUUACGAUGUCUGGUGAAGCAACUGGAGAGAGGAGAGGCUUCCCUCAUUGACCUCAAGAAAAACCUUGAGUAUGCAGCGUUGGUGCUGGAAUCCGUUUACAUCGAGGAGACGAGGCGUUUGGUGGACACAGAGGAUGAGCUCAGUGACAUCCAGUCAGAGUCGGUGCCCUCAGAAGUGCGGGAUUGGCUGGCCUCCACCUUCACUCGCCAGAUGGGCCUGAUGCUGCGGCGCAAUGAAGAGAAACCCCGCUUCCGCAGUAUUGUCCACGCUGUCCAGGCUGGCAUAUUUGUUGAGAGGAUGUACCGGCGUACCUCUAAUAUGGUGGGACUCAGCUACCCCUCUUCUGUCAUAUCUGUGCUUAAGCAUGUUGACAAGUGGUCGUUUGACGUGUUCGCUCUGAAUGAGGCCAGCGGGGAUCACGCACUUAAAUUCAUAUUCUACGAGUUGCUCACAAGAUACGACCUCAUUAGCCGUUUCAAGAUCCCAAUCUCUGCGGUUGUGUCAUUCGUGGAGGCCCUAGAAGUGGGAUACAGUAAACAUAAAAACCCCUACCACAACCUGAUGCAUGCUGCUGAUGUCACGCAGACUGUACACUACUUGCUACUCAAGACUGGCAUGGUGCAUUGGUUGACUGAGCUUGAGAUCUUUGCCAUGAUCUUUGCGGCGGCGGUGCACGACUACGAGCACACAGGGACCACAAACAACUUCCACAUUCAGACAAGGUCAGACACCGCUAUCCUGUACAAUGACCGUGCAGUGUUGGAGAGUCACCAUGUCAGCGCAGCCUACCGCCUGCUGCAGGACGACGAUGAGAUGAACAUCCUCUACAACCUCUCCAAGGAUGACUGGAGAGAGCUGCGGGCUCUGGUGGUGGAGAUGGUGCUGGCCACAGAUAUGUCCUGCCACUUCCAGCAAGUUAAGACCAUGAAGAACUUCCUACAGCAACCUGAGGGCAUUGACAAGCCCAAAGCCCUGUCACUGCUGCUGCACACAGCAGACAUCAGCCACCCAGCCAAAAGUUGGGACCUCCACCAUCGCUGGACCACCUCCCUGCUGGAGGAGUUCUUCAGACAGGGGGACAAAGAAUCUGAGCUCGGCCUGCCGUUCUCUCCGCUCUGCGACCGAAAGUCCACAAUGGUGGCCCAGUCCCAGAUUGGGUUUAUCGACUUCAUUGUGGUGCCCACCUUUACUGUGCUGACGGACAUGAUGGAACGUAUCGUCAAACCGCUUAUCGACGAGGCAUCCCAUUCAGGUUUUGCCGGCUUUAGACGCUCAAGUCUGAACAGUAUUAGCGCAGAAGAGACCAAGAGGCACAGUUUGAAGAGCUCCGACAGUAGCUCGUCUGGACAAAGCUCUCUGCUGACGGUGGACCAGAAGAACUUCAAGGCCUUGUGGAACGAAGAGGUUUAUCAGAACAGAGAGAGGUGGAAAGCUCAGGCUGCUAAAGAGGCAGAGGAAAGAGCUAAAAGGGAAGUGGAGGAGCAAGCCCAGCAGGAAGAGGCUAGGGAGCCCCAGGAGGUCCACACAGAACCAGAACAGCCUGAACCAAAGGAGGACGAAUUGGAGGGAGAGGAGUCAGCAGAGGUCAGCGAACAAGAUGGUAACAUGGGGGAAACAGAGCCAGGAGCGCAGCCUGGGAGCGCCACACACAAGAAUCCUCCACUGCAGAACGGAGAGUUGUCUGAAGGGACUGAAUCUCCAGAGGAUGAAGAAAAGAACAAAAGUGACCAUGCAGAGGUGGCGAUGGAAUAAGCGAGCUGUAGAGAAUCGCGGCCAUACUGUUGCAUCUUUGGUGUGUUGCUGCCGACCUGAAACUGCUUUCACCUGUAAAGGGGGGACUCAAACUCACACCAGAGGGAAUGCCAUUUGUUCGACUGUGUCGCCCUCUACAGGACACCAAGAAACUGAUACUUUCACUUCCUUUUUUGUCUCUGUGAUCAACUGUUUUUACUUUUACCAUGUUUAUACUCCUAGGCUCUUACAUACAGAGCUUGCAACUCUACCCACGUGCAUUAUUCCUACCUACCUGCUUAUUGAUAGGGUUAGACCUGAUAGGGAAUGACCUUUGAACCUGACUUUGAGCCUUUGAAAAACUGACUUUUUUAAGUUAUCCAAUCUUUUACUUUGCUCUAAGUUGUGUGUUCAACUCAGCCACAGACAUGUAGCCAUUGUACAAGUCCCACAUCUCACUGCUGUGUUAUGCAUCCCGGACUAUCUCUUUAUUAGAUUUUGACAUCACAAGUAUCGCCUGGUAAAAUAAGGUUAUUUAGAGACAUUAGGUUUUGCGUCACAGUCAUUUAUUUUGGUACUUACUGAAUAAUACACAAGUGCGGAUUUGUGGAAAAUGCAGAAUAGAAGGACUUCUAUAGCUGCUACACAGUAUGUACAGCAUAUGAGUAUGUGUACAGUACACUUAGGUUGAAUUCACAGGUUUAUAGCACUACUAUUUUACUAGAAAAUACUUCUUAAACACUUCCAUUCUAUGUAGAAAACUGAACUUUUCCCUGUGCUUUAGGAGCUCCUGUUGGGAGUCUCCAAUGUUUGCUGAGGCAAGUUUUUCUUCCACCAGUUGUGGCUCAUUUUUUCUCUUUCACGUUUCCUCAGACAUUGUGCAAUUACAUGCCUUUGUGUUCCUUGUAGCCAGGUUUAUAUAUUAUUUUUGGUAUUUCUGUUUUUCUUUACUGUAUAUAUUGAAAUUUGUAUAUGUAUGGAUCUGAGGAAGAGUAUAAAAUACACAAUACAAUACACCACAACAGAUAUUUUUUUUGUGAUAUAAUGUAAGAUAUUGUAGUGAGAAAUGUCCAAAAAUUAGAAUGCAACUUUUGCAUUUCAAACAUAUCACACAUUCAAGUUUUUGUUAUAUAUACAAUCUUUUUCUUUACUUUUUUUGUAACAUUCAUAUUUGUUUUGCACUUGUUGUGUCCUAUAUGAAUCAUGCACUAGGUGUGUCUAAUAUCCUCACAUUGUAUGUCAUUUCUUCAUCAAAAGACUUCUUCUCAAUGCCUUCUUAUAUGUAUUUAAGCUGUAGCAAAAAGUCAACAUUGUUGCUGAAUUAGAAAAAAUCGUAUAUGUAUUUUUUUUGCAGUACAGUUAUGUUAGAGCAGCUUCGCCUACGAGGUUGUUGGUGUAAUGUUUUUAUCGAUGUGUUUACAGUGUGCUCGUACACCUAGUCAGUUGAAUCCAUCAUGCUUCUGUGAUGCAUCUGAAGCUAUUAGUCCAAACUGUAUCUGCUUCUUGGUUGUUUGCCAGGUUUUUAAGGCUUGUAAUGUUGUGUAUAGAAGAUGCAAAUAUUGCUUACUGUGCAUAUGUAAAAUAUUGUACCUCUGCAAUGCAGCUUUUAUAAUAUAUACGUAAUUAAUAUGUGUAAUUGGAAGAAAAGAAGCAUUUUGGCAGUA